AUGCUCUACUCCUGCGUGGGCUACUGUUCCACUGUGCCAAGUUUGGUGGUGGACUCUUACCGGACCAAGGACAGCGCAUCCCCGGGGAGAAGGACAGAGACAGGCGCCGCUGCUGCUGCUGGUGGUGCUGGUGGUGCUGGUGGUCAUGGUGGAGGUAAUAAUGCUGGGUUUGUGUCCAGACUUUUAUCCAAACCUCAGCCUUGGGAGGACAUCGAGUCGGACUAUGACGAGCCGCCCGUGCGCACAGCAUCCAGGGACCUUUUGGACACGGAUCGCAUGAGGUUCGGGGGUCUGGGGUCCAUGUCCAGCUUCUCCUCCGGGGCUGGGAGUAAAAAGCUGCCCCAGGCCAUCAUUAUCGGGGUGAAGAAAGGGGGCACCCGGGCUUUGCUGGAGUUUCUCCGCGUUCACCCGGACAUCAGAGCCGUGGGAGCGGAGCCACACUUCUUUGACCGCAACUACGACAACGGGCUCGAGUGGUACAGAGAGCUGAUGCCCAAGACUUUAGAGGGCCAGAUCACCAUGGAGAAGACCCCCAGCUACUUUGUGACCAGAGAGGCUCCGGCCCGCAUCGCCGCCAUGUCCCGGAAAACCAAACUCAUCGUGGUGGUGCGUGACCCGGUGACCAGAGCCAUCUCGGACUACACGCAGACUCUGUCCAAAAAGCCUGACAUCCCGUCUUUCGAGAGCCUGACGUUCAAAAACAGGACUACGGGCCUGAUCGACACCUCGUGGAGCGCAGUGCAGAUCGGUAUUUACGCCAAGCACUUGGACAACUGGCUGCAGCACUUCCCCAUGGAGCAGCUGCUGUUCGUGAGCGGCGAGCGGCUCAUCAGCGACCCGGCCGGAGAGCUGGGCCGCGUGCAGGACUUUCUGCGACUCAAACGCAUCAUCACGGACAAACACUUUUACUUUAACCAGACCAAGGGCUUCCCGUGUCUGAAGAAGGCCGAGGGCAGCAGCAAACCCCACUGCCUGGGCAAGACCAAAGGGCGGACCCACCCCAACAUCCACCCCGAGGUGGUGCGCAGGCUACGGGACUUCUACCGGCCCUUCAACCUCAAGUUCUACCAGAUGACCGGACAUCACUUUGGUUGGGAUUGA